AAUUCUGUAAAUUGCUAGGUCUAAUUAAUACCGUACUUGUCACAGAAUCAGAUUGGAAUUAUGAAAAUCAUGCAAAGACCAUUUUAGUGUCCAUUGUGUUUUACAUGACAUUUUAAUAUAAAUUUAUAUAAUAUGGUUCGGACAUUACACUAUAUUAUUAAUACAAUCAUCAUGAGCAGAUGAAAGUCGUCUGCUACGCGUGUAUAUUGUGUGGCAACGUUGACGUUACUCUUUUUCCUUUGCUUUUCUGUAAGAUUUAAAAUUAAAAUUUUCUCAAGAAAACUAAUUGUCAAUUGCCGAGAGACGGAUUGCUGAAACAAAUACUAAAAAGAUGGUAAAAUAAUCAGAAAGAAGGGCCGGAUAUUAAAGAAGGCAUACAUUGCAUUCGACGGAUUUUGCUUUAGACAGAGGUUAAAUUGAUCAUCAGCAUGACUUUCCACUUUCAGUUCGGGUUUAACAUGUUCCCGGAGAUUCCGAGGCCCUUUAAUACGCAGUACAAGUGCUUCUCCGUGUCGAUGUUACCAGGAAUUUAUAGACAAGAUGUAGAACGUGGUGGAAAAAUAAUCAUGCCUCCAUCAGCUCUAGAACAACUUACAAGAUUAAAUAUCAAUUAUCCAAUGUUGUUCAAAUUAACGAAUAAGAAAACUAAUAGAAUUACUCAUUGCGGAGUUCUAGAAUUCGUUGCGGAUGAAGGAAAAGUUUAUUUGCCUUAUUGGAUGAUGCAUAACCUUCUUCUGGAAGAAGGGGAGUUGUUAAACGUAGAAAGUGUAUCUCUUCCUAUUGCAAAAUUUUCACGUUUUCAACCACAAUCAGAAGACUUUUUAGAUAUCACAAAUCCAAAAGCAGUAUUAGAAAAUGGUUUAAGAAGUUUUGCAUGUCUCACUACAGGGGAUGUUAUUGCAAUAAAAUAUAAUCAAAGAAUAUAUGAAAUGUGUGUAUUAGAAACUAAACCUGGUCCAGCAGUCAGCAUUAUUGAAUGUGAUAUGAAUGUUGAAUUUGCUCCACCUCUUGGAUAUAAAGAGCCAGAAAGAGAAACAAAAAACAAUGAGAAAGAUGUAGAUCCUGCAGAUUUAAUGCCAACACCUACCGGUUUUGUACCGUUCAAGGGACAAGGAAAUAGAUUAGACGGUAAAAAGCGUAAGGAUUCGUCUCAACUUGAUUCAGUGAUGAAUAAAGUGGCCUAUGUAAGAGGUAUUCCUGAUUAUGAUUAUAAAAUAGGCACUUUGAGGUUUUUAAGAAAUAUGAAGCCUGUUAAUAACAAAGAAGUAAAAGAUCAAGAUGAAUUUAAAGCGUUCACUGGAGAAGGUUUCUCCCUUAGAAAGUCAAGAAAAUGAUAAUGCAAUCUUAAAGAAAUAAUUCGAUCGUAAGUGUAUGUCAUGGGAUCACGUGGUCACAUUUACCAUUAAACUAUUGUACUAUUCUCAAAAUGUAUUCGUUUGUACAAUCACCCAUUGACAGUAUACAUGUAUCUUUGUACCUUAAGUCAAUACAAUAACAUUUUUAAAAUUUA